GCAUGGCAAACCGGGGACCCUCGUACGGGCUGAGCCGGGAGGUGCAGCAGAAGAUCGACCGGCAGUACGACCCCGAGCUGGAGCAGGUGCUGGUGCGCUGGAUGGUGGGGCAGUGCGGAGACGACAUCCCCCAACCCACGCCCGGGCGCGAUGGCUUCCAGCAGUGGCUCAAGGACGGCACCGUGCUGUGCCACCUCAUCAACAGCCUCUACCCGCGGGGCCAAGCGCCGGUGGCCAAGAUCCAGGCGUCCUCCAUGGCCUUCCGGCAGAUGGAGCAGAUCUCGCAGUUCCUGCAGGCGGCCGAGCGCUACGGCAUCGCCGCCACCGACAUCUUCCAGACGGUGGAUCUGUGGGAAGGGAAGAACAUGGCGUGCGUGCAGAGGACGCUGAUGAACCUGGGCAGCCUGGCGGUGGCCAAAGGCGACGGGCUCUUCGUCGGAGACCCCAACUGGUUCCCCAAGAAAUCGCAGGAGAACCGCCGCGUCUUCUCGGAGGACAAACUGAAGGAGGGGCAGAGCGUCAUCGGGCUGCAGAUGGGCACCAACCGCGGCGCCUCGCAGGCGGGUAUGACCGGCUACGGGAUGCCCCGGCAGAUCCUCUGAGCGGCCCCGAAACCCCCCCGACCCCAAAGCUUCCAUGGGGCUGGGGGGGUCCCCAAAGCGCAUCGCUCCUCCCCGUGGACCCCUCCGUGGACCACCCCAUGGAUCCCUCCAUGGACCAACCGGGGCUGUGCCCACCCGCCCACCAGGACCAAAAUCUGUGUUUUUUUUAUAAUUAUUAUUUUUGUCUCCAUGUCCUUCCCCCCUGCCCCCCAUCCCAACACCGCUGUGCCUUGGGGGGGCCGUGCUGGGGAGAGUCCUCCCCAAUGGCCCUCGCCCCAAUAAAUGGCCCCUUCUUGUUUA